AUGCUCGCAAGCAGGACGGUCUUUUCCGUUGCUGCAACUGAACCGCGUGCUCCCACAGAAUCUUCCUACAUCAGAGCGGAAUCGCGCAGCAAAUCUCCAACGAAACGGUUCCUAAAGACAACCGACCUGCUCGACUUGGCGAGACCUGUUCGUUUCAUGAAAGAGUGUGACCUUAAUAAAGCUAUCCCGAGCGAUGCGAAGAGGCUGUUUGAGGCUCUGUCUAUUGUCGCGGCUAAGGAGCAGAUCCUUCCAGCAAUUUUGCGGUCCCACGCGGACUUUCAGGACGCGAGAAUUCGAAGCUUCAUGUGGACUUCCACCGAUGCUACAAACGAUCACACUAGCGCAAACGACAAGAAAACCGCUCUUCGAGAGCACGCACACCUACGACGCAUCGUGGAUGAUUCCAUUGCCUCCUCCAACCUCCAUCGGUCUGAGGCUGCUUGGAAUUGCCUUGUACACAGCCCCUAUCUACAGCACGCAACUCGCUGCAUAGAGUUUCUCGAUAUCGAGCCCAUUACUUCGGCACAAAUUCUCCCCGCCUUUCGCCCUUUGUUCAACUCGAAUGAGCAAGCACCACCUACUGCCAGUCUGUCCAACGCGAGCAGUGCGUCCGGACAAACUCAGCUGAGCUCCUACACAUCGUCGGUCCACAAAAUGGUUGAUUUUGCCUUGGUUCUUCGUCCUGAGGCGAGUUUGCAACGUCUGAUUGACGAGUUUCUGGCCAAGCAGAGACAUGCUACCGCCACAAUCAAUCAAACCAGAUAUGAGCCGCUCCGUACCCGACCGGCUCCCAUCUUUAUCGAAACCAAGAUCUCAUCCGGCACUAUGGAGGACGCCAAUGUCCAACUUGGCAUAUGGGUUGCUGCAUGGCAUCAGCGAAUGCGCAGCAUCAUCGCCCUCGGAGAGGUAACAGACAAGAUUAUCACAAUUCCCGUCGUCCAGGUUGUUGGUGGCGUUUGGACUCUCUUGUUUGUUGUGGACGCUGGCACGGAAAUAGUAAGUUUCUCGUUCGCUUAUCUGAGUUUCAUUAUCCGGCACUAA